ACCAAAAAAGAAGGGGGAGACCGCAAAGCUCUUCGCGUUCCAUUUGUAUACGCAGGCCGUCGUUCUCUCUUUCAUUUCUCAACAAUGGCGACCGAGGCUCCGGCGAAGAUCUCGCCGGACGUCCCUCGCGAGCACGUGGACGCGAUGCUCGCCUUCUUCGAGAGGACCGGCGCCUCCGAUACCAUCCCGCCGCCGUACGCGGCUGCCGACGGCUACUCCGACCUCCUCUGCAGCUCCCUCAGAGCCGAUCGAGUCCAGCGGGGCAAGGUCUCGUGCCUCCUCUCCGUCGGACCUCCUCUCCUGAACACGUAUGGUGGACUGCACGGGGGAUCGGUUGCUGCCCUUGCAGAGAGAGUGGCAAUUGGCUGCGCUAGAACAGUCAUGCGUGAGGAUAAAGAACUGUUUCUUGGCGAAUUGAGCAUUUCUUACCUCUCGUCCGCCCCUCAAAAUUCCGAGUUGGUCAUUGAUGCUUCAGUGGUGAGGACUGGAAGAAAUGUGACUGUAGUUGAGGUCAAUUUCAAAUUGAUAAAGUCUGAAAAGCUUGCCUUCACUACUCGAGCCACAUUUUUUAAUAUGCCCCUUGCCAAGUUGUGAGAAUCUGUAGCAAAUUACAGGCAAAAAAUGGAAUAUUGAUAAUAAUCCUGCUGCUGCAUCAAGCAUCAAUGGUAUGCCAUUGUGGUAUGUCAAUAAUUUACUACUCUGCUAGUGCCAUAUUCUGGUAUAUGCCCUGCCAUUUGACAUUACAGGUUAAUUUGUGUAUUUUUCUAGCGGACAUGUCUGAUGGACUCUGCAAUAUUUUGCUUGAAUAGCAUUGAUGCACUUGAGAGUGUAGAACCAUCCUAGGAAGAUGCAUUGCAUGUGGUUAGAUGUGUCAACCUCUUCUGAUGAAAAAUAAAUUCAGGUUCAUAGAACUUCAUGAAUGACCAGGACCAUCAUUAUUGAUUUAAAUAAUAAUUUGGAAGAGGUUUCUCAGAUGUAUCACUGCAUGAUCGUACAAUGUGGAUGAUGAUUGGAGUAAAAGCGUUAUUAUUGGA